AUGCUCACUCGACGGCUCUUCACGAGCUCCUCCACCCCCUCCACCCUCCUCCGCACCUUCACCACCUCGACCGCCCACCAACGCUCUCCCGCCCUCGGCGACAUCACACCCAACGGCGCCGCAAAGUUCGACGCCCGCCAAACAGCAUUCCGAGAAGAAGUGCGAGAGGCCCAAAAGGCCCAAGAAAAGCAAGAUAGGGCCAGUCGCGAAACGUCACAACAACAGGAAAGCUCGAAACAUAAAGGCGCAUUAAGCAGCUUGAUUUAUGGCACGCAUGAAGGACAACAGAUGGACCACGAGAUCGAGAAGAGCUUUAGUCAAGUGCUGGCGAGAGGGAAGUAUGUGCAUAGUAUCGUGAUGCACUCUGUCAAACCGGACAAGGUGGAUGAAUACGUGGAUCUAGUAGGAGAUUGGUAUCCGAAGGUCGCCAGUACACCGGAGCACCACGUACAUUUGGUCGGGAGCUGGAGGACUGAAGUGGGUGACUGUGAUACUUUCGUCCAUAUAUGGGAGUAUCAACGCUAUCAAGGCUACCACUCUUCGCUCCACUCCAUCCAACACCACCCCGACUUCCCGGCCUUCGACCACAAACUCAAGUCUUUAAUAACCCACAAAGAAACCUCGCUCAUGCAAGAAUUUUCCUUCUGGCCCACUACACCCCCUCGUCAGCUCGGCGGACUUUUCGAAUUACGCUCUUACACUUUGCACCCUGGCAACCUCCUCGAAUGGGAAACUCAUUGGCGACGGGGCUUGAAGGCAAGGAGAGAGGUUAUGGAGGGGGUGGGAGCAUGGUUUGUGCAGAUUGGAGAUUUGAAUACUGUGCAUCAUCUGUGGCAAUUUGCGGAUCUGGAGGAGAGGAAGGCAAGGAGGGAGAUGAGCUGGGGAGUGGAAGGCUGGGGUGAUACGGUGCACAAGACCGUGCCCCUGAUUCAGAAGAUGAAGUCGAGGAUCCUGAUUCCAAUGCCAUGGAGUCCUGUUGCUUGA